GUGGGUUAACUUCUCUUGACAGAUAGGGGGCGUAUGGAUCGCCUAUUUAUUCCGCCAUAUUGUUGCUGAUUCAGAAACACAAUUUCUGGGUUUUAUACAAAUUUAGUACAAAGAUGGCGGCAGGCCCUUAUAAUUAUUCGUAUAUAUUUAAAUAUAUCAUAAUAGGAGAUAUGGGAGUUGGAAAAUCAUGUUUAUUACACCAGUUUACAGAAAAAAAAUUCAUGGCGGAUUGUCCACACACAAUAGGAGUAGAAUUUGGAACACGAAUAAUAGAAGUCUCAGGACAAAAGAUAAAAUUACAGAUAUGGGAUACAGCAGGUCAAGAAAGAUUUCGUGCUGUCACACGAAGUUAUUACAGGGGGGCUGCAGGUGCAUUAAUGGUUUACGAUAUAACACGGAGAAGUACAUAUAAUCAUUUAAGUAGUUGGUUAACAGAUGCCAGAAAUUUAACAAAUCCAAAUACAGUUAUAUUUUUAAUUGGAAAUAAAUCUGAUUUAGAAGCACAGAGAGAUGUAACUUAUGAAGAGGCAAAACAAUUUGCUGAUGAAAAUGGUUUAAUGUUUUUGGAAUGUAGUGCCAAAACGGGAGAUAAUGUAGAAGAUGCAUUUUUAGAUACAGCAAAGAAAAUUUAUCAAAAUAUACAAGAUGGAAGCUUGGACUUGAAUGCUGCCGAGUCAGGUGUACAACAUAAACCAGCCACACCUAGGAAUGCAAUUAGUACGGACCAGACACCUAAUGAUAAAGGAUGUGCAUGCUAGUCUAGGAGGAGAUUUUAUCAUUGUAUGGACAUAUUAAUCCAUUCCAAAUCCGGUGGUUACUGGUGGAUCUAUCAACACAAGUCAUUUAUGUUCUUAAUCUAUGUUUAUAUGUUCUUGGAAAAUAUACUGUAAAAAAAACUGGUACUGAAUGAGAGAAUUAUAAACUGGUACCGAAUGAGAAUUAUUUAAAUUGGUACUGCAAGACAGAAAUAUCAAAUAUUGUGACUUUAUCAAACAAAUUUCAGUUGUAAUAUGAUUUGGAUAGACAUGUUAAUAUUAUCAUUUUUCAAUCCUUCUAUCUUUAAAUGUACAAAGUAAGUUACUUGUCUAACCAAUGUACGAAGGGUAGAAGAUAGUAGCUUAAGGGGAUAAGGCUAGAAUUUUUUAAAUGUCUCCCCUGAAUUAGAACAUACCUGUAAUACGUUUUUCCUUUUAAAAAAUAUCAGCUUCACUUACUAAUGGCAAAAUCAUAAACAUCCCUGCUAAAUUGAUUGCAUCAUAAAAUUGAUUGGUUUGUGGGGGGGAUUUUUUAUUUUGUUCCCCCAUUUGGUAGGAAUGUUUAUUUUUGUUUGGUAAUCUGUAAGUCCAUGGAUAAGGUUCAAAAGUAUUGAAAAUUUAUAACGGGGAAGGAUAUAAGUUAGACCAUCUACAAAUUAUUUCAAUUCCUGUUUUGUUUUCAUCUCUGCAGAACUUUAUAAUAAUAAAGCCUAAACAGCGUUCAACUAUCUCUGUCACUUUUUGCAUAUUUGCUUUAAGGAAAAUGGACCCUACUGUUAGUAUUUGUAAUUCAGAAGUCAAGACCCAAUAUUCUCCAGAAGGUUGUAUUUAUAUAAACAUAUAAAAUAUAGAAUCGAGAAUAAAUAGUAUGUUAAAUAUGUUUCAAACUAUUUAUCAUUUGUGUCUAUUAUGAUUGCUAUAUGUUAAUUUAAACAGGGUAAUCUAUGUAAAUGAUAGGAACUUGUAUCUUUGUAUUUUGCUUGGAAAGAAGAAUUUUAAUGUUUCAGAAGGAAUUGGUUCAAUGAGGCCCCUAUUUCUACCUUAAAUUCUUAUUUGGAUUUAAAUGCAAUUAUCACAAUAAGUCUUAGUGUGAGCAUUGACUUUAAAUAGAAGAUAGAAAAAAAAUAUUUUUCAAAUUUCUGUAUCCAUGUUCAUUUUUAGGAAAUAUCCAUUAACAUCAAUUUCCAGUUAAUCCAAAUUAAAUGAAAUUUCCAUUGUUUUUUUUAGGAUGGGAAACAUAAUGCACAUGGUUCUACAAAUAAUAUGGUAGCAUUAUAUGUUUGUUAUAACAAAUUAUGUGUCUGACUUGAAUUUUUAAUUUGUUGAACCAUGUAGUCUUUGUUUUUCCAGCCUCAUUCUGUAGAAACCUGGGAAUUAGUCAAAUUUUUAUCAUAUCUGUAAUAUAGUAAAUUUAGGUGUUUUAUUAUUAAAGUGUGUCGAAAUGGUAAUAUAUCACAUUCUUGAAGGUUUAUUCCUCAGCUUAAGAUAAUGGAAUUAGUUUUUGGGGGCCAAAUAAGACCCUAACCGCACCUAUCCCAAAAAGGAUUUUCUGUAAUGCAACUUUUUUUUGACAGCAUUAGUCCUAUCUUUUAUAGCUAUUCCUGAUGUGAGUUUUAUUUAAGUUUUAAAAUAAUUUGAUAGAUUUACCAGUAAUCAUUUUGAAGUAGAGAAUGCUUCUCACAAAUUUUAUAACAAAUUUUCAGGUUUUUAGUUGAAUAAUAAAUAUUAUAUUGUAUUCAGUUUUUAAGAAUUACAAUAUAGUUUCAGCAGGACUGAAUAAAAGAUGAUUUUGUAAGAAAAUUUAUUGCAAAAAGAAUUAAUGUUAAGAAUUGCUGUAUAAAUUUCAUCCAGACAAGGUACACUGAAAUAAAUGCAAUUGAUAAAAUACCUUAUACCUAAUACCUCUUUCACAAUAUCUGAUAUUAGAAUUCUGUUGGUGUCUAGCAUUUAUUUAGUGUAUUUUCCCUGGAUGAUAAUUAUUGUUAAAAUUAAACUUUUGGUAAAAAUAAAAGAUGGAAAACAUUCUUUAUUAAAAAAAACCAAAAAACACACCUGUCAAAAUUGAAGCAUAUUUAAUAAAGUUUGUGAGAAACAUUUUGAUAAUGUGAUGACCAAGUAUUGGUCACAUGUCAGUCAUAUGAUAUGGUAUGCUGAUGUAUUUUUUUGAGCUUUUGUGAAUGUGUGAGUGAAUGGAUUACACUUAAUCAUUGUGAUAACCAUUUUGUUUUUAUAGUGAUUUGUUGAGACUUGAACAAACUAUAAAGUUCCUGAAAACGAAAAGCAUUUGUUGAAAAAAAAUCUGUAUUGCAAUUAGUAAAAAUCAUAAUGACAAUGACACUGAUAUAUAUUUAUGUAUAAAAAAAACACAUCGAAACUUCAAAAUCUGUUUAAAUUAAAAAUUACACAAAGAGUACAUAUACCUAAACAAGAUAAUUGUUUAUUGUUGUGCGAGUACAAAAUAGGAAUUACAGUAAAACCUGUGUAGUAAGACCAUUAUUUAUAGGUCCCUUUGUACCGCAUUUCAUAUAGAUUGAACCUGUAUUAAAAGACCAAUUGUUUUAUGAGCCCACUUAUUUGCUCUCUCUUAGGUUGUCUCUUAUGACAGGUUUCACUGUAUAAUAUCUUCUAGAUAGGGAUGUGUGAAUAGUUGUAAUUUCUGCAUAUUUUAAAUAUUUGUGAGAUCACAUGACAUAGAAGGUAGAUACUUAUUGUGGGCUCAGCAAUAUUUUCAUUUGUUAAUCAUUUGUAAUUACUGAAUUGUCGAGAGAUUAUUUUUUAUUUUGUUGCCCAGAAUAACAUAGGUAAUCUGCCAUGAUUUUGUUCUGCAAUAUAUCUAUGAAAUCUGCUUCAUUUUAUAUAAAUUUAGAUGGAAUAUGUUAACAAUUGGUUCCCUCUUGUCUAUUUAAUGACCUGCCAAUUGAGAACAAAUAUUUUUUUCUGCUUUCAAAACUAUUUCUUUUAAUAGUUUCUUUUCUUGCUUUUUUGAUUAAAUUUUGAAAGAUGUCAUUUUAUCUGAUGACUGUCCUGUUUAUUUGCCUAUUUAUUUUUAUGCAAUUUUUUGUGUGUGUCAAAUUUCCUUUUCUAGACUUUUCCCUGCAUUUUUCUGGCACUAUUUGUGCAUUUAGAGAAGUUAAAAUAAUGGACCUAUAUUGACUGAACAUAAAAAAUAAUGCUAUUUUAUAGACCUGAAUUGUUCCUUAUGGUAUAAAAUAAUUGAAACUACAGAAAUAUUGUCAGCUAAAAGAAUUUAAAUACAUGAUUUUAUUGCAGUCAGAAUUUUUUGGUGGCUAGAAAUAGGAAAGGUGUCUUUCCUGGGGAUUGAACCUUUUAAAUGAAAUUAUUCUCAUUAUAAAUCUUUUUUUUUAAAGUGAAUCUAAUAUUUUAUGAAUUCCAUUGUCUGUAGGAAAUUAAUUCAUUUGCUCACAAAAAGCAGACACAAACUAUAAAUCAAAAAUAAUAUUAAGUUUAGUAACGACAGCUCUUUAUCUUAGAUUGAAUAUUAGUAGAAUGGACUCCCUUAAUACACCCUUAAAAAGUUUAAUGCAGGUAGUCCCAAUUUAGUGUAUUGGUUGGAUAAUAAAAUAUACAAAUUUAACAUAAGAUAUAUAUAGAAUUGACCAGACCGUUUAGAAAACUUCACUCAUAUGAAAUGUCUAUAUAGUAGAUAAAAUGAAUUCACAGUAUUUGAAUAUACGACAGGGACCAAUAAAGUAAUAUAUUUUUAUUGCUAGAUAAGAAGCUUUGAGCAUGUGUUCUGUCCUUCAUGUUUAUAUAGGAAAUAUUUUUAUACAGUGCUUCAGUAGACAGGUUUGCUUCAAGAAGUCAUUAUUACAUGGGAACUUGUUUGUUUAAAGUAUGUAUGAACAAUGAAUGUAUUGCAUCAGUGCUAUAUUUAACAUGUUGUUUUCUAGUUCUGUUGUUAUAUUAUUUGUUGCAACAUGUAGAUAAAGUGUACUAAUUGUAUCACAUUAUUUAUUAUAUAAUUUUAUCAUUAUCUUAGAUAUUCAUGUACAAUUAUGUGUACACUAUGUGAUAAAAAUGACAUAAUACACUAUUUGGUAGUUGUCUCCCCUUACAAUACAAUCUUCAUUUCCUGUCAGGUGGUUGUUGCAUAUAAUUGACGUAACUUAGUAGACACACCAACCAAAUUUAAUCCUUGAAAUGAACAAAAUUGACACACAAAAUUUUAUUAUUGUUUAGAUUAAUUUUCUACUUUCUUUCUCUAUGCUAAAAUGAUAGAGCCUUAGAAAAAUACAAGCUUUGGCAAAAAAUGACUAUAAUGUAGAAACAGCUCAGAAUAAUGUUUUUUAGUAAUGAGUAGUCAGCAACUGUAAUCAUGAUUGUAUACACAUGUAAUCAUGAUUGUAUACACAUGUAAUCAUGAUUGUAUACACAUGUUAUCAUGAUUGUAUACAAUACACUUUAUCAUGAUCAUCAUAUGUUCACAAUAUGAAAAUUUUAAUGUCAAGAAUACUGUGUAAAUAAUGAUAUUGACAAAUAAAUUAUACAAAAAAUC